AAAAAAAUGAAGAGGUGGGGAUGUGUGUGCUUAUGCGAAGGUUUUACGUAUUUUGCAAAGGUGUAUGAAUCAAGAUAACGAUGUGCAUCAUGGCAAAAAAUAUUUCCCGAGCAAUUUGUUGGUAGAUAAAUCGUCAUCGGUGCUAUCACUUGACGUCGUCUCUCUCUCAUCCUAGUGUUGUUAUGACAGUUUGUCCGAUGCAUGCGGCAUCAAAGUUCAGUAUAUAAGUCAAAUUUGAACGUCGAUGGUCGCGGGACAUGGUUAUGGUUGUGAGGAUACAAUACUCGUAGAAUGACUGAGUGUUGCAUUUAUGCUCAUUGAAGUAUACAGCGAUGCACAGCACGCGCAACGACGAUGAAAAUAUGGAGCAAAGUUGGCCAGACAAGAAGACAAUCAGAUUUCACGAUGCUGAGUCUAAAACUCAUGUGUCAUCCCAUGAUAAACGAGUGGAAAAUGUAGAUCUGAAACAUUACAAAUCACAAUUAUUAGAUGGCCAAAAGACGCAAAAGAAGCAAGCGGUAUCAUUGACGAAAUUUUUAAGAACAGAAUUAACAAGGGGUUAUCAGCUGGAACAUGAUGAGGAAAGAUUUUCUGCCAAAAGAGAGAAAGUUUAUUCAUUUCUAAAAAUUCCGAGAGAAGUGGAGAAAUUUAUGGCAUAUGGCUUUCUUCAGUGCGCAGAUUCCUUUCUCUUUGUGUAUACAUUUUUACCAUUAAGGUUUGCAAUGGCUUUAUGGGCAGUGAUUACGAGACCUUUACGACACUGCUUAAGGAAUGGAAGAGUUCGUGCAAACAAUACAGAGAAGUAUUUAAGCCCAGCUGAAAUAUGUGAUUUAUUGAAAGGAGUCGUAGUACUAACUUGUUGGGCAGCUACCUGGAAAGUGGACACUUCUAUCAUGUACCAUUUAGUUAAAAGCCAAUCGGUUAUAAAGCUAUACAUAUUUUAUAAUAUGUUAGAAGUAGCAGAUCGUCUUUUCAGCGCUUUCGGCCAAGAUACUAUAGAUUCUUUGCUUUGGACUGCCACCGAGCCGCGCUCGCGUUCAAAAUCCACUCGUACGCAACAUUUAGGUGUUUUACCACAUCUCUUUUUUGCCCUCGCUUAUGUAUUAUUACAUAGUAUACUGGUAUUACUCCAAGCCACAACGUUAAAUGUAGCAAUCAACAGCAGUAACAAAUCUCUUCUCACAGUUAUGAUGUCUAACAAUUUCGUAGAACUGAAAAGUUCUGUCUUCAAGAAAUUUGACAAGAAUAACUUGUUCCAAUUAUCUUGUGCCGACGCCAGAGAGAGAUUCCAUCUGACUAUGCUACUCCUUGCAGUGAGUUUGCAAACGAUGAAAGAGUACGCAUGGCAUAGCGAUCGUCUUGCUAUACUGCUGCCUGAUUGUGCAAUGUUGCUGAGCGCCGAACUUCUCAUCGAUUGGGUAAAACAUGCAUUCAUCACACGUUUCAACGACUUAUCUUCAACCGUCUAUAGAGAUUACACUGUGAGUCUGGCUUAUGACAUGGCGCAGACACGUCGGGAAACGUCAUUCUCGGAUCCUUCAGACCUGGUUGCACGACGAAUGAACUUCAUACCUCUUCCACUGGGGGUUGCCAUGGCUCGUGUUCUAUGUACAACUUUGACGCCAUCCGCGAGACCAGCUAAUCUCAUACUUUUGCUGUUAGCUUAUCUUAUACUAGUAGCUUUUCGCGUAUUAAAUAGUAUAAUUAUUCUUGGCAAGGCGUGCGAUAUAAUAUCGUCGCACACGCAGGGUGAUAAAGAUAAUGCAGGCUCAGAGCCUGCAUCAGAAGAUUGUGUUAACAGUGUCGAUAUAAAAAAUCCAAAUCUUGGUACUACUUUCUCGAACAGUGCCGUCAGCUUGAAUAGCGUCUGCUUGAACGAGCCGUUUCUGCAAUCGGAAGAAGUGCAACAGAAGUGUAACAUGGACGAGCUUACAAAUGUCACAAAAACUGUGUUACGGACAGGAAGCGAGCCCCUUCUUCCGCAAUGACAAAUCUUAGCACAAUUAAUAUAUAAUGGUUUUUAUUUAUGGACUGUAUAUAUUUUUCGUUGUAUAUAAAUAUUCAUAGAUACUAUAUAAGUGCUUUUUUGCAUUGAUAUUUAUAUGAUGAUGUAUCUAUGUAAAAGUAAUAAAUUUGGUUACUAUUUA